AUGCUGGGCCGGCACCCCCUGCUACUCAUCCUAACUGGACUACUCUCCCUGGGAUCUGGCCUGUCCCAGCUGUGUACCAAGGACAAAGUGAGCACCUGUCAGGACUGCAUCAGAUCAGGGCCUGGCUGCGCCUGGUGCCAGAAGCUGAACUUCACAGGCCAAGGGCAGCCAGAGUCAGUCCGCUGUGACACUCCAGAGCAACUGUCGUUAAGGGGCUGCACAUCUGAGUACCAUGUGUACCCCAAGAGCCUUGCUGAACCCCAGGAGGACAAGGACAGGGACCAGAAGCAGCUGUCCCCGCAAAAUGUGACGCUUUACUUGAGACCAGGUCAAGCAGCAGCAUUCAAUGUGAGUGUACAGCGGACCCAGGACAACUCCGUUGACCUGUACCUCUUGAUGGCCAUCUCUGACUCCACGCAAGACCAUCUUUCCAAUGUCCAGACACUGGGCAGUGACCUGCUCCAAGCCCUCAAUGAGAUCACCAGAUCAGGCCAUAUUGGCUUCGGAUUCAUCAGAAACAUGACCUUCCAGCACAUCCUGAAGCUGACCAAUGACUCCGGUCAGUUUCAGAAGGAAUUGGCGAAGCAACUGGUUUCUGGAAACCUGGGUACUCCCAAGGGACAGCUGGAUGCCAUGAUGCAAGUCGCCACGUGCCUGGGAGAAAUCGGUUGGCGCAAUGGGACACGGUUUCUGGUGCUGGUCACGGACAACGACUUCCACUUGACUAAAAACAAGAGUCCGGGUACCAGGACUAAUCCCAGUGAUAGUCACUGUCACUUGGAAGAUGGCAUGUUCAAGAGCAGAAGAGAGCCUUCUGGAAGGAAGGACAAUGAAGACCCCCUCCCUGAGUCCCAACCUAGCAUGGCAGCAGCCAAGGGUCCCAUUAGAGUGAGUCUAACAGAGCCACAAAUGACUGGAUAUAAGGUGCUGACACAGGGACAAGGGUGUCCUGGAGUUUCUAACUUGAGCUGGUAUCACAUUCCUCAGAGACACAGGCCACUGGGUGGCCUGAUGGGAUGCCCCUUCUCCCCAGGACUGACCAUUCAGUGCUCCAGCUGGCAAGGAAACCUGGCUGAAAACAACAUCCAGCCCAUUGUCAUGGUUCCUCAAGGAAUGGUGAAAACACAUGAGAGACUCACCACGUUCAUCUCCACGUUGGCCAUCAGGGAACUUUCAGGUGACUCCAGCAAUGUGGUACAGUUCAUUAAAGAUACCUACAGGAGACUCACCUCCAGGGUCUUCCUAGACCACACCACCAUCCCCAACACCCUGAAAGUCACCUACGACUCCUUCUGCAGUAACCGGGCAUCAAGUACAGGCAAAUCCAGAGGGGAGUGUGAUGGUGUGCAGAUCAACGACCAGGUCACCUUCCAGGUCAAUGUCAUGGCUUCAGAGUGCAUUCAGAAGGAGUCCUUUGUCAUCCAGGCCCUGAGCUUCACUGAUAUGGUGACCGUACUGGUCCUUCCCCAGUGUGAAUGCCAGUGCCAGGACCCGAGUCAAGAGAACGGCCUCUGUGGAGGCAAGGGUGUCAUGGAGUGUGGCGUCUGCAGGUGCAACUCUGGCUACAUAGGGAAAAACUGUGAGUGCCAGACACAGGGCCAGAGCAGCCAGGAACUGCAGAGAAGCUGCCAGAAAGACAACAGCUCCCUCGUGUGCUCAGGACUGGGAGACUGCAUCUGUGGGCGGUGUGAGUGCCACACCAGUGACAUCCCAAACAAAUGGAUCUUUGGGCAGUACUGCGAGUGUGACAGUGUCCACUGUGAAAGAUACGAUGGCCGAGUCUGCGGUGGUCCAGAGAGGGGCUCCUGCUCCUGUGGCCAGUGUGUUUGCAGGAAAGGCUAUGAGGGCUCAGCCUGCCAGUGUCGGAAAUCCACUGAGGGCUGUCUGAGCAGAAACCUGGUGGUAUAAGGCCAUGGUCAAUGCCGCUGCAACAGUUGUGAGUGUGACCCCGGCUACCAACCACCGCUGUGUGAGGAGAUCUCAGCUGCUUUCUCGCGCUGCCACCAGUACAUCUCCUGUGCCAAGUGCUUAAAACUCAGCAAUGGAACACGUUGCUUCUGGGAGUGUAUGAAUCUGUUGAGUUCAGAAUUUCAUCGCAAGAACUGCAGUGAACAGGAUGCAGAGGGCUGCUGGACGACCUACACUGUGCGCCAGCGAGACCGGAGAAGCAUCUAUUCCAUCUAUGUAGAGGAGACCCGAGAGUGUCCCAGUGUCAUCACCAUUGUGCUGGGCAUUGCAGUGGGUGUCCUGCUGCUUGCUGUCCUCCUAUUGGUCUUCUGGAUAAUCUACCUGAAGGAAACCCAGAAUGUCAAGCUUUCCAGAAUGGUUGGGGUUCAGCACACACUGGACCAGCAGCCUCAUUUUCAAGAACAGCACCAUAAGGAAUCACCAUGGUGGCAUCAGAAGAGAUAG